AUGGCCCUUGCACUGUCCCUCAGAGGCGGUCAGAUUGGAAUCCAAAUAGGAAGUCAGUUCUCUGGAGGUCUUCUACAGAAACAGAAUGCUUCUUUCGGAAUUUCAGCUAGCUUCAACAUCUUCCCAUCACUGCUGACAAAUGUAGCAAUAACACCUGCUAAUCCUGCUCACAAUGGCCGUGUGUGCAGCACGUGGGGCAACUUCCACUUCAAGACCUUCGACGGGGACAUAUUCACCUUCCCCGGGCUCUGUAAUUACGUUUUUGCCUCCCACUGCAACGCUCCCUAUGAGGAUUUCAACAUCCAGAUUAGGCGUGAAGUGGUGGCAAACACUCCGACAAUCAACCGCAUCACCAUGAAACUCGAAGGUGUCGUUGCCGAGCUAACAAAAGAUGCUGUCAUGGUCGAUGGCAACAGAGUUCAACUGCCAUAUAGUCAAUCUGGUAUUACGAUAGAGAAGAGCAGCAUUUAUGUGAAGGUCGGCAGCAAAAUCGGUGUUGUGUUAUUGUGGAAUGAAAAGGACAGCAUUCUGCUGGAAUUGAAUGAGAAAUAUGCCAAUCAGACUUGUGGACUUUGUGGUGACUUCAAUGGCUUUCCCAUAUACAAUGAGUUCAUUUCAAACAAUAUUAAGAUGACAGCCUUGCAGUUUGGGAAUCUGCAGAAAAUGGAUGGGCCAACAGAACACUGUGAAGAUGCCACUUCUAUCCCAACAUAUAACUGCUCUGAUGAUCUUGAUGACAUAUGCGAGAAAACAUUGACCAGCUCUGCAUUUGCCGACUGUAAUGACCUAGUUGAUGUUAAAGACUACAUUAAGGCUUGCCAAGAUGACUUGUGCAGCUCUGAAGAAUCUAAAAACAGCUCGUGCAUCUGUGACACCAUUGCCGAGUACUCCCGGCAGUGUGCUCAUGCUGGUGGGCAGCCCCUGGACUGGAGAACUUCAAAACUGUGCCCCAAGACGUGUCCUUACAACAUGCAGUACCAGGAGUGCAACUCCCCCUGUACUGACACAUGCACGAAUCCUGAACGAUCUCUGUUUUGUGAAGAACACUGUAUCGAUGGCUGUUUCUGCCCCCCAGGGACUGUAUUUGAUGACAUCAACAAUUCUGGCUGCAUUCCCCAGCAGGAGUGCUCCUGUAUUUACAAUGGCAAAACCUAUGCUACAGGAGCUUCUUUUUCAGAACCAUGCCAGACCUGUACCUGUAAUGGGGGCCAGUGGAGCUGCCAGGACAAGUCCUGCCCAGGAACGUGCUCUGUAGUGGGAGGUUCCCACAUUUCCACCUAUGAUACGAAGCACUAUGAUCACCACGGAGACUGCACCUACGUCCUCUCUAAGGACUGUACAGAUGAAAAAUUUACCAUCCUGGCAGAACUACGCAAAUGUGGCCUGACUGACACUGAGACCUGCCUGAAGUCAGUGACCCUCAACAUGAAUAAAGGACAAACUAUUGUGGAGGUCAAACCUGAUGGCGGUGUGUUUGUGAACUCCAUCUACACCCAGCUGCCCAUUUCCGCAGCUAAUGUCACCAUGUUCAGACCUUCCUCAUUCUUCAUGAUCAUGGACACAAGCUUUGGCGUCCAGGUUGAAGUGCAGUUCACACCUGUGAUGCAAGUGUUUGUGCGUCUGGAUGCUUCUUUCAAAAACCAGACUUGUGGUCUCUGUGGAAAUUUCAAUAACAUCCAAAGUGACGACUUCAAGGUCAUAAGUGGAAUAAUUGAAGGAACAGCAUCAGCAUUUGCUAAUACAUGGAAAACUCAGGCCUCAUGCCCUAAUAUCCAGCAGAGUUUUGAGAAUCCUUGUGCACUCAGCAUUGAUAAUGAAAAAUACGCUCAGCAUUGGUGUGGACUGCUCACUGACAGCACAGGACCUUUUGCUGCUUGUCACUAUGCAGUGAAUCCCACUGUUUACCACACGAACUGCAUGUUUGACACAUGUAACUGUGAAAAUAGCGAGGACUGUCUGUGUGCAGCUCUGUCUGCCUAUGUGAGAGCUUGUGCUGCAAAAGGAAUCCAGCUGCAGGGAUGGAGGGCUGAUGUCUGCACAAAAUACACCACCUCAUGUCCCAAAUCCCUGAGUUACAGCUAUACCAUCUCUUCCUGCCAACCCACCUGCCGCUCUCUGAGUGAGCCUGAUGUCACAUGCAAUAUUAAGUUUGUCCCAGUUGAUGGCUGCACCUGUGUAAAUGGAACCUACAUGGAUGAGAGUGGCAAAUGUGUGCCUGCUAAUGAGUGCCCCUGCUACUACAAAGGAUCUCCUAUACCAUUUGGAGAAGUGGUCCAUGAAAAUGGGCGUGUAUGCACUUGUGUCCAGGGAAGACUGAAUUGCAUUGGAGCACCAAAUCCAACUUCAGUCUGUGAAUCUCCCAUGGUCUACUUUGACUGUAAAAACAGCACAGCAGGAACAACUGGAGCAGAAUGUCAAAAAAGUUGCCAGACUCUGGAUAUGCAGUGUUAUAGCUCACAAUGUACAUCUGGCUGCAUAUGCCCAGAUGGGCUUGUGUUAGAUGGGAAUGGUGGUUGUAUUCCUGAAGAGGAAUGUCCAUGUAUUCACAAUGAAGCCACGUAUCAGCCUGGAGAAAAGAUCGACUUCGACUGUAACACCUGUGUAUGCAAGAAUAGGAAGUGGGAAUGUACCAAAGAUCAAUGUCUGGGCACUUGUGCUGUUUAUGGAGAUGGUCAUUAUAACACCUUUGAUGACAAAAGGUUCAGCUUCAAUGGAAACUGUGAAUACACACUAGUCCAGGACCACUGUGGCAAAAGUGGCACAGUCAACGGGACCUUCAGGGUUGCCACUGAAAAUGUUCCCUGUGGCAACACUGGGACAACUUGCUCAAAGUCUAUCAAAGUUUUCUUAGAGAGCUAUGAGCUGAUCCUUGGCGAAGAGCGUGUCAGUGUCGUAAAGAGAGGGCAGAAUGACGAGGUGCCAUACACAGUCCGCUAUAUGGGGAUGUACCUGGUAAUUGAGACCAAAAGUGGGCUGAUCCUCAUGUGGGACAAGAAAACCAGCAUCUUCAUCAAGCUCAGCCCUCGUUUCAAGGGCCAGGUCUGUGGUCUCUGUGGAAAUUAUGAUGGCAACAGCGUCAAUGACUUUACUACAAGAAGUCAGUCUGUAGUAGAGAAUGUCCUAGAGUUUGGAAACAGCUGGAAAGUAUCCUCUACGUGCCCUGAUGCUUCCAGUGUCAAGGACCCAUGUUCUACCAACCCUUAUCGGAAGUCCUGGUCAGAGAAGCAGUGUAGCAUCAUCAACAGCAAUGUCUUUGCUGCCUGUCACUCUCAGGUUGAACCAGCAAAAUAUUAUCAAGCAUGUGUGACAGAUGCUUGUGCCUGUGACACUGGAGGAGACUGUGAUUGCUUUUGUACAGCAGUAGCUGCCUAUGCUCAAGCAUGCAGUGAAGUUGGUGUAUGCGUAGCCUGGAGAAGCCCAACAAUUUGUCCACUGUUCUGUGAUUACUACAAUCAGCAAGGAGAAUGUGAAUGGCACUAUAAGCCUUGUGGUGCUUCCUGUAUGAAGACCUGUAAGAACCCAAGUGGAAAAUGUCUCAAUGACCUGCCAGGUUUAGAAGGCUGCUACCCUAACUGCCCACCAGACAAGCCAUAUUUUCAUGAGGAUCAGAUGAAGUGUGUUAGUCUCUGUGACUGUUAUGAUGAUGAAGAUGGAAAGAUAUAUCAGCGAGAUGAAUGUAGUAUAUGUGAGUGCACAUCAGAAGGUUUACAGUGCAAGUUCGAUGAUAAAGCCUGCAACUGCAUUUAUGAAGGGAAUAGCUAUAAAUACGGUGAACUCAUCUACAACACCACAGAUGGAACUGGAUGGUGUUUCAGUGCAACAUGCGAUGUCAAUGGAACAAUAAGCAGAAACAUCUUUAAAUGUGGCAUUUUUACAACAACCCCAUUUACAUUUUCCACAAGUCAGCCCACAACUACUGUUUCAGAAAUUACAACUGCAACACCAGUGACAACUGUAUGCGUGAAAAAUGUCUGUGUGUGGUCAGAAUGGUAUGAUUCCACUCAGCCUGAAAACAAAGAGGACAGUGGAGAUUAUGAAACAUAUCAAAAUCUCAAGGAUAAAGGAUACAGUGUCUGUACAAACCCAAGCGAUGUUCAAUGCAGAGCCAAAGAAUACCCAGAUACUGAAAUUACCAACCUUAACCAAACAAUAGAGUGUAGUCAAAGCAGAGGAUUAAUAUGCAAUAACCAGGACCAAGAAUCCAAGCAGUGCUAUAAUUAUGAAAUCAGAAUAUCAUGCUGCAGAUACGUACCAUGUUCAGAAGCACAAACUACAACACCCACAACCACAAGAGAAUUCACAACUACUGCUGUAGAAUCAACACCAUUUACAGUACAGACAACAAUAAUACCAACAACACAAAAACAAGAAAGCGAAGUAACGACAACACCAAUGAGGGAACGAGACAGAACGACUCCUCAGAGUGAAACAUCAGUAACAGCAACAACAACCCAAGUCUCAACAACAGGAUACCAAAUCACAACUACGACAGCAGGAACCUCCACUGUGGUAACCCAAGCUCCAUCAUCACCCAAUACUUUUUCCACUCUCCCAGGGUCAACACUACAAACAACACCCGGCACCACAAUAACCUCCAGUACUACUGCCCUGCCAACACAAGGCACAACUAUCACUACACCUGGACCAAGAGUACCAACCCAAGGUACCACCAGUGCCAGCACCACCACAACUGCUGGGGAAAGGAGCACACAAUCUACAGAGGGAACUCUUCCAACGGUAUUAUCCACUGUUGCUGUUCAAACAACAUCAACAAUUGCUGCCUCCACCCCUGAAAUAAAAAUAAAAACAACAAUUGGUACCACAGUUGGCCCCAGCACCACGGGCUCAGCCACCGAGGAAACAACCAUCAUCGCUACCACCACCAGCACCUCUCCCCCUCAGACUGAAGGUACAACCAUCAUCAUCCCUACAACAACAAGAGAGCCCACGUCAGCCACAAGUACUGCCAGCACUUCCAGGACUACCGAGAGAAGCACCACAAGAGCCUCUGCCACCUCUGCUCCACGAGAAACCUCCACUGUGACAACCCAGGCUCCAACAUCUCCCACAACACCCUCUGAAGUUAAAAUAAGAACCACCACAGGAACCACAGCUGGCCUCAGCGCAACCAUCACCACUCCACCCACAACAACUGGGCCCACGCCAGCCACCACCACAAUCCGCAUCUCCAAUAGCACAGACAACUGCGUGGUGGAGCGCUGUGCCUGGACACAGUGGUUUAAUGUGGACUCCCCUACUCCAGGCAGUGAAAAUGGAGAUUCAGAGACAUUUGAAAACAUCAGAGCUGCUGGGUAUGAGCUGUGUGACAAGCCUCAAGACAUCAAGUGCCGAGCUAAAGACUACCCAGACUCAAUUGUAAAAAUAAUGGAACAGAAAUUUGACUGCAGCCUUGACAGGGGGCUUGUGUGCAGAAAUAAGGACCAGACUCUCAAGUACCCCACGUGCUUUGACUACGAGGUCUCAGUGCUGUGCUGUGACCGAAAACACUGCCAGACAACAGUACCAACCACAGCAACCACUGUAAGCACCUCCACAACACACAUCCCAGCAGAAACCACCACAAUAGAAACACGACCUGCAGAAACACCAACUGCUGUCAGCACACUUCCACAGCAAGUAAUAACAACCACCGUAGGAACAACAAGUACCCUCUCACCACAAGGAACCACCAUUGUCACCCCAAGAUACACAGAGCCGAUGAAAUUGAAAACCACCACAGGCAACACGGCUGUCCCCAGUACCACGGUUUCAGCUGGAGAGAGAACAACCAUCAUCUCUAUGACCACCAGCUCAUCUCCCCCUCAGACUGAAGGCACAACCAUCAUCAUCCCAACAACAAGAGAGCCCACACCAGCCACGAGCACUGCCAGCACCUCCAGGACUACCGAGAGAAGCACCACAAGACCCUCUGCCACCUCUGCUCCAGGAGAAACCUCCACAGUGGAAACUCAGGCUACAACAUCUCCCACAACACCCUCUGAAGUUAAAAUACGAACCACCACAGGAUCCACAGCAGGCCCCAGCACCACAGGCUCAGCCAGAGAGGAAACAACCAUCAUUGCUACCACCACCAGCACCUCUCCCCCUCAGACUGAAGGAACGACAACCAUCACCCCACCAACAACAACAGUGUCUACCCCAGCCACCAGCACUGCCAGCACCUCCAGGACCACUGCAGGAAGCACCACAAGACCCUCUGCCACCUCUGCUCCACGAGAAACCUCCACUGUGGCAACCGAGACUACAAGACCUCUCACAACAACCUCCAGAGUUAAAAUAAGAACCACAACAGGAAGCACAGCUGGCCCCAGCACCACAGGCUCAGUCGGACAGGAAACAACCAUCAUUGCUACCACCACCAGCACCUCUCCCCCUCAGACUGAAGGUACAACCACCAUCACCCCACCCACAACAACAGUGUCUACCCCAGCCACCAGCACUGCCAGCACCUCCAGGACCACUGCAGGAAGCACCACAAGAGCCUCUGCCACCUCUGCUCCAGGAGAAACCUCCACUGUGGCAACCGAGACUACAAGACCUCUCACAACAACGUCCAGAGUUAAAAUAAGAACCACAACAGGAAGCACAGCUGGCCCCAGCACCACAGGCUCAGUCGGACAGGAAACAACCAUCAUUGCUACCACCACCAGCACCUCUCACCCUCAGACUGAAGGUACAACCACCAUCACCCCACCCACAACAACAGUGUCUACCCCAGCCACCAGCACUGCCAGCACCUCCAGGACCACUGCAGGAAGCACCACAAGAACCUCUGCCACCUCUGCUCCACGAGAAACCUCCACUGUGGCGACCAAGACUACAACACCUAUCACAACGCCCUCUGAAGUUAAAAUACGAACCACAACAGGAUCCACAGCUGGUCCCAGCACCACAGGCUCAGCUGGAGAGGAAACAACCAUCAUCACUACCACCACCAGCACCUCUCCCCCUCAGACUGAAGGUACAACCAUCAUCAUCCCAACAACAAGAGAGCCCACACCAGCCACGAGCACUGCCAGCACCUCCAGGACUACCGAGAGAAGCACCACAAGACCCUCUGCCACCUCUGCUCCAGGAGAAACCUCCACAGUGGAAACUCAGGCUACAACAUCUCCCACAACGCCCUCUGAAGUUAAAUUAAGAACCACCACAGGAUCCACAGCUGGCCCCACCACCACAGGCUCAGCAGGAGAGGAAACAACCAUCAUCGCUACCACCACCAGCACAUCUCCCCCUCAGACUGAAGGAACGACAACCAUCACCCCACCAACAACAACAGUGUCUACCCCAGCCACCAGCACUGCCAGCACCACCAGGACCACUGCAGGAAGCACCACAAGAGCCUCUGCCACCUCUGCUCCACGAGAAACCUCCACUGUGGCGACCAAGACUACAACACCUAUCACAACGCCCUCUGAAGUUAAAAUACGAACCACAACAGGAUCCACAGCUGGCCCCAGCACCACAGGCUCAGCUGGAGAGGAAACAACCAUCAUCACUACCACCACCAGCACCUCUCCCCCUCAGACUGAAGGUACAACCAUCAUCAUCCCAACAACAAGAGAGCCCACACCAGCCAUGAGCACUGCCAGCACCUCCAGGACUACCGAGAGAAUCACCACAAGACCCUCUGCCACCUCUGCUCCAGGAGAAACGUCCACAGUGGAAACUCAGGCUACAACAUCUCCCACAACACCCUCUGAAGUUAAAAUACGAACCACCACAGGAUCCACAGCAGGCCUCAGUACCACAGGCUCAGCCGGACAGGAAACAACCAACAUUGCUACCACCACCAGCACCUCUCCCCCUCAGACUGAAGGAACGACAACCAUCACCCCACCAACAACAACAGUGUCUACCCCAGCCACCAGCACUGCCAGCACCACCAGGACCACUGCAGGAAGCACCACAAGAGCCUCUGCCACCUCUGCUCCACGAGAAACCUCCACUGUGGCAACCGAGACUACAAGACCUCUCACAACAACGUCCAGAGUUAAAAUAAGAACCACAACAGGAAGCACAGCUGGCUCCAGCACCACAGGCUCAGUCGAACAGGAAACAACCAUCAUUGCUACCACCACCAGCACCUCUCCCCCUCAGACUGAAGGUACAACCACCAUCACCCCACCCACAACAACAGUGUCUACCCCAGCCACCAGCACUGCCAGCACCUCCAGGACCACUGCAGGAAGCACCACAAGAACCUCUGCCACCUCUGCUCCUCGAGAAACCUCCACUGUGGCGACCGAGACAACAACACCUAUCACAACGCCCUCUGAAGUUAAAAUACGAACCACAACAGGAAGCACAGCUGGCCCCAGCACCACAGGCUCAGCUGGAGAGGAAACAACCAUCAUUGCUACCACCACCAGCACCUCUCCCCCUCAGACUGAAGGUACAACCAUCAUCAUCCCAACAACAAGAGAGCCCACACCAGCCACGAGCACUGCCAGCACCUCCAGGACUACCGAGAGAAUCACCACAAGACCCUCUGCCACCUCUGCUCCAGGAGAAACGUCCACAGUGGAAACUCAGGCUACAACAUCUCCCACAACACCCUCUGAAGUUAAAAUACGAACCACCACAGGAUCCACAGCAGGCCCCACCACCACAGGCUCAGCAGGAGAGGAAACAACCAUCAUCGCUACCACCACCAGCACAUCUCCCCCUCAGACUGAAGGAACGACCACCAUUACCCCACCCACAACAACUGUGUCUAACCCAGCCACCAGCACUGCCAGCACCACCAGGACCACUGCAGGAAGCACCACAAGAGCCUCUGCCACCUCUGCUCCACGAGAAACCUCCACUGUGGCAACCCAGGCUACAACAUCUCCCACAACACCCUCUGAAGUUAAAAUAAGAACCACCACAGGAACCACAGCUGGCCCCAGCACCACAGGCUCAGCUGGAGAGGAAACAACCAUCAUCACUACCACCACCAGCACCUCUCCCCCUCAGACUGAAGGUACAACCAUCAUCAUCCCAACAACAAGAAAGCCCACACCAGCCACGAGCACUGCCAGCACCUCCAGGACUACCGAGAGAAUCACCACAAGACCCUCUGCCACCUCUGCUCCAGGAGAAACCUCCACUGUGGCAACCCAGGCUACAACAUCUCCCACAACACCCUCUGAAGUUAAAAUACGAACCACCACAGGAUCCACAGCAGGCCCCAGCACCACAGGCUCAGCCGGACAGGAAACAACCAACAUUGCUACCACCACCAGCACCUCUCCCCCUCAGACUGAAGGAACGACAACCAUCACCCCACCAACAACAACAGUGUCUACCCCAGCCACCAGCACUGCCAGCACCACCAGGACCACUGCAGGAAGCACCACAAGAGCCUCUGCCACCUCUGCUCCACGAGAAACCUCCACUGUGGCAGCCGAGACUACAAGACCUCUCACAACAACGUCCAGAGUUAAAAUAAGAACCACAACAGGAAGCACAGCUGGCUCCAGCACCACAGGCUCAGUCGAACAGGAAACAACCAUCAUUGCUACCACCACCAGCACCUCUCCCCCUCAGACUGAAGGUACAACCACCAUCACCCCACCCACAACAACAGUGUCUACCCCAGCCACCAGCACUGCCAGCACCUCCAGGACCACUGCAGGAAGCACCACAAGAACCUCUGCCACCUCUGCUCCACGAGAAACCUCCACUGUGGCGACCGAGACAACAACACCUAUCACAACGCCCUCUGAAGUUAAAAUACGAACCACAACAGGAAGCACAGCUGGCCCCAGCACCACAGGCUCAGCUGGAGAGGAAACAACCAUCAUUGCUACCACCACCAGCACCUCUCCCCCUCAGACUGAAGGUACAAUCAUCAUCAUCCCAACAACAAGAGAGCCCACACCAGCCACGAGCACUGCCAGCACCUCCAGGACUACCGAGAGAAGCACCACAAGACCCUCUGCCACCUCUGCUCCAGGAGAAACGUCCACAGUGGAAACUCAGGCUACCACAUCUCCCACAACACCCUCUGAAGUUAAAAUACGAACCACCACAGGAUCCACAGCAGGCCCCACCACCACAGGCUCAGCAGGAGAGGAAACAACCAUCAUCGCUACCACCACCAGCACAUCUCCCCCUCAGACUGAAGGAACGACCACCAUUACCCCACCCACAACAACAGGGCCCACGCCAGCCACCACCACAAUCCGCAUCUCCAAUAGCACAGACAACUGCGUGGUGGAGCGCUGUGCCUGGACACAGUGGUUUAAUGUGGACUCCCCUACUCCAGGCAGUGAAAAUGGAGAUUCAGAGACAUUUGAAAACAUCAGAGCUGCUGGGUAUGAAUUGUGUGAUAAGCCUCAAGACAUCAAGUGCCGAGCUAAAGACUACCCAGACUCAAUUGUAAAAAUAAUGGAACAGAAAUUUGACUGCAGCCUUGACAGGGGGCUUGUGUGCAGAAAUAAGGACCAGACUCUCAAGUACCCCACGUGCUUUGACUACGAGGUCUCAGUGCUGUGCUGUGACCGAAAACACUGCCAGACAACAGUACCAACCACAGCAACCACUGUAAGCACCUCCACAACACACAUCCCAGCAGAAACCACCACAAUAGAAACACGACCUGCAGAAACACCAACUGCUGUCAGCACACUUCCACAGCAAGUAAUAACAACCACCGUAGGAACAACAAGUACCCUCUCACCACAAGGAACCACCAUUGUCACCCCAAGGUACACAGAGCCAAUGAAAAUAAAAACCACCACAGGAACCACUGCUGGCCCCAGUACCACGGGCUCAGCUGGACAGGAAACAACCGUCAUUUCUACCCCCACCAGCACCUUUCACCCUUGGAGUGAAGGUACAACCAUCAUCAUCCCAACAACAACAGUGCCUACUCCUGCCACCAGCACUGCCAGCACCUCCACAACCACCUGGGAAAGCAGCACUCUAUCUACAGAAAAAACUCUUCAAACGGUACUAUCCACUGUUGCUAUUCAAACAACAUCAACAAUUGCUGCCUCCACCCGUGAAAUAAAAUUGAAAACCACCACUGGCACAACGGUGGCCCCCAGCACCACAGGCUCAGCCAGAGAGGAAACAACUGUCAUCACUACCACCACCAGCACCUCUCCCCCUCAGACUGAAGGCACAACCACCAUCACCCCACCCACAACAACAGUGUCUACCCCAGCCACAAGCACUGCCAGCACCUCCAGGACUACUAAGAGAAGCACCACAACAGCCUCUGCCACCUCUGCUCCAGGAGAAACAUCCACAGUGGCAACCCAGGCUACAACAUCUCCCACAACACCCUCUGAUGUUAAAAUAAGAACCACCACAGGCACCACAGCUGGCCCCAGCACCACAGGCUCAGGUAGAGAGGAAACCACCAUCAUCACUACCACCACCAGCCCUGCCUCCACUUCACCUGAAAUAAGAUUAAUAACCACUUCUGGCCCCUCUUCUGUGCUCACUACAACUCUUCCUCAGUCUGGAAUUACCACAGGUAAAUUCUUAUAA